AUGGAUAGCUGCUACUCAAUUUCAAACCACACAGGCCAGAAGUACUUUCCCUUGUUACGAUGAACCAAAUUUCAGAACACCUUUCAAUAUAUCAAUAAAAGUUAAAAAGAAUGAAAUUGCUCUAUCAAAUAUGCCAGUUUUAGAAACCAUUUACGUAGAUGACAUACUCGCGGAUGGUUCGAUUGAAUACAAUAGCAAGAAAUGGGUUCACUUUGCUCAGACACCAUACAUGCCCACGUGUUCGGUCACGUUGUUCGUCGGUGAAUUCGAACAAUUCGACAAAACCCACCUGAGCGCGGUCAACGUGUACUCUCACUUAGGCCGCUUGUAUCAGAUCGAGUACAUGACGAAAGCAGUGCCAGAUAUUUUGGAGGCCAUGGAAAAUUACAUGGGCAUUCCAUACGCUAUGCCCGAACUGAACUUGUUGGCCCUACCAAUACUUGGCUUAGAACAAGUCGAAAAUAAUUGGGGACUAACCACUUACCGGUAA